AUUUUCUCUCAAAUAGUCAGUCAGUCAUAUUUAUUUAUAAAGCACAUUUAAAAACAACAGCUGUUGGCCAAAGUGCUGUACAAAAUUAAAACAUAUACCAAAAUACAAAAUUAAACACAACACAGCAACAGAUAGUACACUACAGUUAUGCCACUGUGCUUACUUGAGACCAUAUGCAACAGUAAAUAAAUACGUUUUAAGAAGAGACUUAAAAUCAGCGUAUGUUGGAGCAGAUCUUAUAUAAGAUGGCAAAUUGUUCCAAAGCUGUGGGUCACCUCUCAAUUUCAGGCGUGUCCUUGGAACAGUCAACUGAAGACUACUGGUUGAUCGAAGUUCCCUGGAAGCAUUACAGUGAAACAGGAGAUCGGAGAUAUAUGAUGGAGCCAGUCCAUGCAAACCCUUAUAUACAAACAGCAACGUUUUAAAAUGGAUACAAUAUUUAACUGGGAGCCAGUGAAGAGAGAUCAGCACUGGUGAAAUAUGUUCCCUCUUCCUUGUUCCAGUUAACAAUCUAGCUGCAGCAUUUUGAACAAGUUGAAGACGUGCCAAUAGGGACUGUGAAACACCCAAGUACAAUCCAUUACAAUAAUCUAAUCUGGAUGAGAUAAAAGCAUGUAUUACAGACUCCAUGUCUCUUAAUGUUAAGAAUGACUUCAUCUUUGCGAUAUUCUUUAGCUGAUAAAAACAACUUCUAACCACAGCAUUGAUCUGUUUAUCAAAAGUCAGGACCUCAGUCUUAGACUCAUUUAACUGGAGGAAGUUGGCAGACAUCCACUGUUUAACAUCUCUCAGACAAUCAAAUAAACACUGUAGACUGGAGACAUCCUUUGGGUGCAAGGGAACAUAACCCUGAGUAUCAUCUGCGUAACAAUGGUAUGAGACAUUGUGCUUCCUAAAUAUAGCAUACAAAGGAAGCAUGUACAAAGAAAGUAGAACAGGACCCAACAAUUGAGCCCUGUGGAACCCCAUACAAAACUGGUGCACAAGAUGAAGUAUAUUUGCCAGUAUCGACCGAGAAGGUUCGAUCCUUUAAAUAGGAUACAAACUAACUUAAAACACAACCUUGAAUCCCGAUUUGCUGUAAGCGAUUUAAAAGAAUGCCAUGAUCGAGAGUGUCGAAUGCUGCGCUGAGAUCCAGCAAAAUUAAAACAGCACAAUUGCCAGAAUCGACGAUCAACAACAAGUCAUUUAAUACUUUUAGCAAUGCAGAUUCUGUACUGUGUUGAGGUCUAAAACCAGACUGAUAUUAAUCAAAAUUACCAUUUUCCUGUAGGAAAGAGGAAAGCUGAUUAAACACAACCUUCUCCAAAACUUUUGAUAAAAAUGGUAAUUUAGAGAUGGGACAGUAAUUAUUAAAAACUGUUGGAUCAAGAUUUGUUUUUUUGAUUAGCGGCUGCACAAUGGCAUACUUAAAAUAAGAUGGGACUUUUCCACUGAUUAAACUGUUAUUAAUUAUUGACAGUAAACUAGGACUAAUAGCGUCAAGUAUCUCUAAUAAGAGACAAGGAGGGACGACAUCCAAAGAACAAAAGGUGGGCUUCAUUUUAUGAAUAAUUUGCACCAAGUAACUAUGAGACACUGGAGUAAAUUCAGAUAAAUAUGUAGAAAUUGAUGUGGACUGAGGAAAGCCCAGAGAGGAGGGAACAAUACAUUUUACUCUUUUUUUAGUAAAAAAUUAAGAAAGUUUUCACAGGCCAUAGGAGACGGAUUUGAAUAUAAAUUAGACAUCGGAUUUAACACACUAUUAAUGGUAUUAAAUAAUAUUUUUGGACUAUGAGCAUUUUUAGCAAUGAGAUCAGAAAAAUAAUUUGCCUUUGCAAUCUUAACAGUUUUUUGAUAGUGAAUCAUACACUCUUUGACACAAUCAUAUGAUAUUUGUAAUUUAUCCCUCUUCCACUUCCAUUCCGCUUUUCUCCAUUUCUGUCUAAUCGCCCUAGUUUCAUCAUUAAACCAGGGAUGUCAGUCUGGUUUUUAUUUGCAAAUCACUUUGCGUUUGUUUGAAAGUCGAGUUUUUCUUUGCAAAACAGAUUGUGUUUAUUUGCAAAACAUUGGAUUUCUCCACCACUGACCUACAGUCCAGUGAAACUCUUCUUUGACGGGUUUGUGUCCAGGUAAAAAUUCUCAGAAUGAGUGUGAGAGCGACGCACACUUUUCUUAUCGGUACAUACAGUGGCCUUACUAAUGUGCUCUGCAUCUCCGAAGUUUUAAAGAAAACUACCAUUUAAAAUGGUACCUUAUGCUCAAAUAAACAUGGUAAAAUAUUUAUAUUAAUAUUUCAUGUGAAUAUGGCAAAAAAAUUAAAAACAUACCCUAAUUUUGCAUGUUUUACGGAAAAUGCACUUGUUUCCCCAACAAGACUAAAUAUUUUUCAUGUAUAGAAAAAAAGUAUCUUAACUAAAGAAUUUUUUGAUAUUUGUACUUGAAAAUAAGACAAAAAUACUCAGUAAGAAAAGCAUUUUUUGCAGCGUGAAUGAAUGAAUGGGGUAUUUAAACAUCGCUUAUGCUUUAAAAGGGGGGAGGAGACCGAAAGAAACUCUGGGUUGAGCAAAGAAAACCUGCUCCCGACCAGGUUAGUUUCACAGAGUUAGUUACCACGGUAACUGACUCUGAGUAUAAGUUACCUCUUGUAGAUUGGUAACAUGACACUCCUCAUGUCAGGUAGAUUGUCAAGCUCGAACCAACCAGAGAAUGAGUCCACUAGAACCAGGUGCAUGGGUUCUCCUGACUGAUGGGACUUGAGGGCAUUACAAGGAGCACAACGAGAGAGUGCUCUUUCUAUAUCAGCAUACAUUGUGGGCCAGUACAUUGUUUCUUUUGCCCUGCGUUGUGUGGCUGCCAGACCUGGAUGGCCUUGAUGUAGCUGAGUCACAUAGUAACUUUGUAACAAUGACAGUAUCAGAAGUCUCUGUCCUCGAAAAAUCAGUCCGUUCUCAACAACAAAUUCCUCUCUCAUUGCAAAGAAUGGGCGGAGAUCAUGUGAAAGCUCUUUGAAAGAGCUUGGCCAACCAUGCAUUAUCAUGUCAACAAGUCUUUGGCAUGUAUGAUCAGAUUUAAUGACAGAUCGGAGUUCUUCUGUCCGUUGCGACGAGAGGACUUGAGGCGUCAUUACCUCUAGCAAGUCGUCAGUGAGAGGAGGCUCAGUGGACGAGAGAUGAGCACAUGAUAGAGCAUCAGCAACAAAGAGUUCCUUGCCCUGUUUGUAAAUCACAUUGAGACUGUAACGUUGGAGCUUGAGCAUCAUGCUUUGAAGACAUGCCGAGGCAGUGUGCAAUGGCUUUUUGAGGAUUGUAAUGAGAGGCUGGUGAUCGGUUUCCACAGUGACAAUACAGCAUCUUUCAACUUUUGGAAGGUAGAAUCCUGCCACUCGAGCCAUGACCAUUCCGCGUCUUGCUUUAACAGUUCACGUAGAGGGCCAGUGAUGUCACUAUAGUGUGGAAUGAAUUUUGAUAAAUAGUUCGUCAUGCCAAGAAACCGUUGCAAGGCCUGUUUGUCCUCAGGUUUUGGCAUUUGGCGGACAGCUGUAGUCUUGUCAGGUCAGAUUUGAUGCCAUCAGCAGUCAGGAGGUGGCCUACAUAAGAAACUGAGGUGACACAAAAUUUGCACUUAUCAGGGUUUAAUUUCAUGUUACAUGCACGGAUUUUGUGAAGUACCUGUUUCAGUCGCUCAUCAUGUUCCUGUUGUGUGCGCCCCCAGACAAGGAUGUCAUCUACCAUGAUUUGACAUAUCUGUCCGUCAAAGAGAUGUUCCAUGUUUUGCUGGAAUACUUCACUGCCGGUGGAGAUCCCGUCAGGCAUGCGCAAGAAUCUAUACUUUUUGCAGCGUGAAUGAAUGAAUGGGGUAUUUAAACAUCGCUUAUACUUUAAAAGGAGGGAGAAGACCGAAAGAAACUCUGGGUUGAGCAAAGAAAAGUAGAGUUCAGGAAACUUUUGCAGUAAUACAUCGGGAUCUUCUCUGUCCUCUUCAUCAGCGAAUGUGAAAACCUCGGAUUUUUCCACUGCGUUGGGACCUGCUAAAUUUAGCAGAAUACUUGCCUGCACCUUCUUCGAUUUGUCUGAUAGGCCAGCGUUGCAAUAUAUGAGCCAUUCUUUUUCGAAUUUGCUCCAGUAACUGAUCUUGUGAUCUAUGUUAAUUACUCAAUUUUGGCAAAAAUGUCAGAUAGAACCUUAUAAUUCCAAGGCGACGUGUUGUCAGCUAUAUGCUCAUCGAAAAUUAGCGGAUCAAUGCGGCGGAGACCCUGAGCCAUGUUUAAAUUCUUCUGACACCAUGUAGAUUGUGUCAAGAAAUGAUACAACGCAGGAUGUAGUUGCACAACAGAACGAGUAGUUUAUUACUUACUCGGUGCACCUCUAUCUCCUAAGUCCGUGUCCCUGCACCUAUCACCCAAACUACCCGCCCACUCCCGCACAGCACCAACCUUAAAGGGCUAUGCAACAUUUAACAACUCUACACCUCUCUUUCAGAAACGAGCUUGACUAACCCUGUUUUCUCAGGUUUGACAAUUCUCUCAUUUUAGGGUUAACAUACUCAGAGCUUUUUAAAACAGGCCCCUGGACAGAUUUGAAAACCCUUGAGCUGGACAACACUACAACAGAACUGACCAGGGCUGCGUUUCCCAAAAGCAUCGUAAGCUUAAGUACAUCGUAGACCCAUUGAAACCAAUUGAGCUACGAUCAACUUAAGCUACGGUGGUUUUGGGAAACGCAGCCCAGCAUAAACAAGCCUGGACUAGGAAUUCAUGCUGGUUUAUGAUGGAUUACCCAAUAGGGCAGACCCUGGAGAAAUUCUGUGACCAAUAAAAAAACCAAUAAAUCAAUCACAAAUAUUUUCUUCAGUCUUUUGUUAAUUUAACUUAAUUUUAUACACAUUUUGUUUAAAUGUAUGCUGAAAAAAUCUGGUGGUGUUGUCUGACUUCUUUUUACACAAUAGUGAUUACAAAAGUGAUCUCCACCCUCUUACAACACUGCCCCCAAAAGAGAUUGACUUAUUUCUCCGUUCUGUCAAAUUCUCAACAAAGCAAAAUCAAAUUACUGACCAGUGGAGAAGAAAAAAAAACUUUUAGGAAGGAUUUCCGAGGAGUUUGUUUCUGAACAGAGAGAAGAUCUUUGUGGUUCUCGUGUUUUUUGUUUGUUUUUAGUUUUUUUUAAACCAUUGUUCAGAAAGUGAAAGUAAAGCGGAGCUCAUAUAGUGAAAAUGGCUUCACUAAAUAUAUCUACAGAAGAACUUUCUUGUCCCGUGUGUAAUGAAAUCUUCAAGGAUCCUGUUGUUUUAUCAUGUAGUCACAGUUUCUGUAAAGAGUGUCUUCAACAGUUCUGGAGAACCAAGGAAACUCAGGAGUGUCCUGUCUGCAGGAGAUUGUCCAGUCAUGAUCCUCCAUCUAAUCUUCUGUUAAAGAACUUGUGUGAGUCGUUCCUGAAGGAGAGAAAUAAGAGCCGUUCAUCAGGAUCUGAGGAGAUCUGCAGUUUACACAGUGAGAAACUCAAACUCUUCUGUCUGGAGGACAAACAGCCGGUGUGUUUAGUGUGCAGAGAUUCACAGAAACAUGAAAAUCACAAAUUUAGACCCAUUGGUGAAAAGGUUUCAUCAUAUAAGGAGGAGCUCAAUACAGCACUGAAGUCUUUACAAGAGAAACUUAAACAUAAUGAAAACAUUAAACAAAAGAUUGAGAAAACAGCUCAGCACAUCAAGUCUCAAGCUGAGCACACAGAGCGUCAGAUUAAACAGCAAUUUGAGAAGCUUCAUCAGUUUCUCAGAGAUGAAGAAGAAGCUACAAUGACUGCACUGAGGGAGGAAGAGGAGCAGAAGAAGCAGAUGAUGAAGGAGAAGCUGGAGAAGAUCAACAGACACAUCUCAGCUCUUUUACACACAAUCAGAGACAUGGAGGAGAUGAUGAAAGCCAGUGACGUCUGCUUUCUAAAGAAGUUUCCAGUGUCAAUGGAAAGAGUCCACAGCCCACAACCAAAUCUACGGAUGCCUUCUGGAGCUUUGAUUCAUGUGCCGCGCUACUUGGGCAACCUACCCUUCAGAGUCUGGAAGAAGAUGCAGGACAUUGUCCAAAACACUCCUGUGAUUCUGGAUCCAAACACUGCAAAUCCAUUUCUCCACCUGUCUGAUGAUCUGACCAGUGUUAAAUACAGUGAGGACAAUCAAUGGCUUCCUGGUAAUCCAGAGAGAUUUGACAGCUAUCCAUGUGUUCUGGGUUCAGAGGGUUUUAACUCAGGAACACACUGCUGGGAGGUGGAAGUUAAAGAGAGUCGAUACUGGAGUCUUGGAGUAACUACAGCAUCAAACCAGAGGAAGGGAUGGAAAUUCCUUUACACUGAUAUCUGGAGUGUGUGGUAUGAUCCAUUUCAGUUUGUUUCAGUAUUUCAACCCCACACUACUUUCCCUGUCAAACAGAAGCUUGAGCGUGUGAGAGUUGAUCUGGACUAUGACAGAGGAACGGUGUCAUUCUCUGAUCCUGUAACUAACACACAUCUACACACAUUCACAACCACCUUCACUGACACUGUCUUUCCAUUCUUUGGUAGUAUUUACCCUCUGAGGAUCUUACCAUUCAACAGUGAUGGGAAUAACGGUGUUCUAAAUAAACGGUGUUACUCUCAAGCUGAGCACACAGAGCGUCAGAUUAAACAGCAGUUUGAGAAGCUUCAUCAGUUUCUCAGAGAUGAAGAAGAAGCUACAAUCACUGCACUGAGGGAGGAAGAGGAGCAGAAGAAGCAGAUGAUGAAGGAGAAGCUGGAGGAGAUCAACAGACACAUCUCAGCUCUUUCACACACAAUCAAAGACACGGAGGAGAUGAUGAAAGACAAUGAUGUCUGCUUUCUAAAGAAGUUUCCAGUCUCAGUGGAAAGAGUCGAUAUAUCACAGCCGGAUCCACAGACGCCUUCUGGAGCUUUGAUUCAUGUGCCACGUUACUUGAGCAACCUGCCCUUCAGAGUCUGGAAGAAGAUGCAGGACAUUGUCCAAAACACUCCUGUGAUUCUGGAUCCAAACACGGCUCAUCCACGUCUCCUCCUGUCUGAUGAUCUGACCUGUAUGAGAGAGAGUGAGAACAAACAACCUCUUCCUGAUAAUCCAGAGAGAUUUGACAUCUAUGCAUGUGUUCUGGGUUCAGAGGGUUUUAACUCAGGAACACACAGCUGGGAUGUGGAGGUUAAAGAGAGUCAAUGUUGGAGUCUUGGAGUAACUACAGCAUCAAACCAGAGGAAGGGACGUGAUUUCUUUAACAAUGAUGUCUGGAGUGUGACAUACAAUGUGAGAAGACAGUCUGGAUUUGCUGUCAAACAGAAGCUUGAGCGUAUGAGAGUUGAUCUGGACUAUGACGGAGGAACACUGUCAUUCUCUGAUUCUGUAACUAACACACAUCUACACACAUUCACAACCACCUUCACUGACACCGUCUUGCCAUUCUUCUGUUGGUAUAGAUCUUCCCCUCUGAGGAUCUUACCGUUCGAUAGUCAGUAAUGGUUACAGCUGUAGGUCUGGAUCUUCCUGUUUUCAUCAUGUUUCAAUAUUUGAUCCAUAUCACAUGAGUCCGAGUGCUGUUGAUCUGAAUAUCAGUACAGCUGUGAUUGGGCCGCAGCUGAUCACAUGACUGAUAUCCAGCACUAAAGACACACUAACACUACUGCUGUUAUACAACAGAUCAAUGAACAAUAAAUAAUAAACAAUUAUUUAGUGAGAUUAAUCAAACUGUAAAAUGAUUGAUCUUGAGUUUAUAAGAUCCACCAUUGUCUGCCGAGGUGAAAUCAAUAUGAAGUCAGUUAAUUUCAGUCACAAUAUCCAGAUAUUUUCAGGGUUCCUACACUCAUGGAAAAACCUGGAAACAUCAGGGAAUUUUAAUGUGAUCUCCGUGCCUGGAAAAAUGUCCUCGGUCCAUUGUUGAUCACGUUUACACAUGAUAAACCUGUAAAUAUGUAUUAAA